AUGAUCAGAAAUCCGGAUUACACAAACUUUGUUUGCUGUGCUGUUUGUAAUAAAGUAAUUCCACCAGCCCCUUUUGGAGAAACUUUCAAACGGAUCCAUGAAUACAAGCCAUUUAAGACACGCUUUUACACUCACAAAGAUAUACUGGAUAUUGGGGCAAAUAUUCUGAAUAAAGAAGAGCAAUUUCAAGAGGCUGUGCUCAGACAGCGUAUUGCAAAAGCAGAAGCUGAAGUAUGGACUCAGGCUAAUGAACGCCAAAAACAAGCAGUGGAGAAAGCACUUGAAGAAGCAAAUGCCAGACACAAAAUUGAAAUUCACAUUUUGGAAGAGGAACAUCAGAAAGAUUUACAGAUAAUGGCAGCUAAAACCAAAAUAGAGAUGUAUAAAAACAUGGACGACGAAAUGAUGAGAGAGCACUCAGCUGCGGAACAACGCAUGGUCCAUAGAAUUCAAAGGAUUAUGAUGGAGUGCCACAGGGAGAAGGUCGAGGCUGUGAACAAAGCCAGAGCUGAAGAGAGGCGGAUCGCCCAGGACGCAAUCUCAGCCCAGAGAAGCAAAGCCAUUGAGGAACUUGUGAAUACUGGUGUGACAGCUAUUAAGGACCAGAAAUCAAAUGUAGACCAAUUGAUAAAGGCAAAAGAACAUCAAAUGAACAUCUACUAUGGCAUGGCUCAAAGGCAGAGGCAAGAAGAGGUACAGGAAGUGCUUCAAGAAGCAGAGAAAACACAUCAAGCCACUCUUGGCAAUGUGAUGGAUAAACUGGUUAACACCCAGGGGGAGCUGCUGUCCUUAGCGAAACAACUGGGAAUCAUGACAAAUUGGAAAGAUUUCCUGGAGGAGGAACUAGAGGAAACCAGGGCGGCAUUUCAAAAAUACAUCAAUUAUACUUUUCCUAAGCUUUCACCAGGACAUGCUGAUUUUAUUCUGCCAGAAAGAAAAAAAACACCUUCUAAUCUUGUUAUUAAGGAGAACAAAACAAAUGAGUAG